ACUCAACAACUUGUUCGUGAACUAUUUAAACUAUUCCUGAGUAGAUCCACAGGUAUUCAUAGCCUAAAUUUGGCAAUGCAAGAGCGUGAUUUCUGCCUACGUGAGAACCCAAGUAAAUUCCUAGCAUUAGAUCACUAUACUGGCGGUCAGGUGGCACUGAGCAAGAUGCGUCAUUUUAGUAGUGGUGGCGAGGGAAACCAAUUUUAUGACAUACUGUCAAAAUAUUGCCAUAAUCUUAAUUCACUUAAAAUCGUUUAUAAUUCAGGAGAAACUUGCAAAUUCGAUAGUCUGAUAAAGGUACAGCGACAUUUGAGAAGCCUACAAAUGCAUCAGAUGAGUUUGACAGAAGAUAUAAUGAAUGCCAUAAGUGCCCAAAGCGAAAGUCUGAAGUCAAUCGAAUUCUGGGGUUGUCAGUUUAAAGAUACGACGCUAAAAGCAUUAUCCGGAUGCCAUCACCUGGAAAGAGUUAUAUUUCAUGAUUGUGGAAACAUGACGAAAGCGGUCUUAGCCCCGAUGGCCACAGCAUCAUUCCCCAGAUUGACCACCAUUUAUUUUAAAUUUGGAGGGCAUUUGGAACCAACCGACAUACCCACCCGUGAACUGGCUCAUCUUGUGGCCAAUGCAAAGUCCACCCUUUCGCAACUAUGCAUUGAAGGUUUUGAGUAUCCGUGUUCGGAGGUGUUCGAAUCAUUAGUUAAUAUUCGUCAACUGCAAAAAAUCUCCAUUCAAAUUCAGACACCCGAUGAAUUCCCAUUGGUACUCAACGUGCUGAGAACGUGUACAAAUCUACGGUCCGUGUCCAUUUCCGAAAACCAAAAAUUCUUUACAGAAAACUUUAUAUUUACCAUGGAAUCAACGAACCAAUAUUUAGAUGCGAAUGAAUUCUUACCACGUAUAUCACAAAUAUUGUCAGAUCGAGUACAACAUUUGGUGCUAAAUAUACCGAAUUGUUGGGUGGCACCAGGAACGUUGAGGCAGUUCUUAAAAGACUGUAAGGCAAAUUUGGAAUAUCUGAGAUGGCAGAGUUACGAAAAUUCUAGGUCGUUUGUGGAAGUCAUUGAGGAAUACGGCAAGGAAAAGCAACAAGAAAUUAAAUAUGGAAAUUGGAAGUGGGAACAAAUAAGUGGUCAGGUCGGUCCGGUGACGUUGGAUGUGGAAUUCCGCAAGAAGAAUGUUUCGUAUUAUAGAUGGGAGCAAGAAUUCAAGUUACAACAUAACCUUAUUGAGUUGCUUCAGUAA